AUGGCCAAGAGGUUUACGUUCGGGUUUGCAACCCUUUUGUUUUUCCUGCAGUGUGUGGCAUUAGCCUUUCUAAUUUUGGCGUGUGUUUCUGCACCGGUUUUCGAUAAUGUCAGAUUGGCAAGUUUCGAUGGGAUCCAUUAUGGUGUGUUUGGAUACUGUGAAGAUGACGGUGGUUCAUGUUCUUCUGCUCAGGCGAAUUAUCACCCGGAAAAUUUGGAUGACGAUGAUUCGAAUUGGAAGAUGAAUAACGAUUCGAGAAAAGCCUUGGGUAGUAUCUUGAUCGUGACACCAAUCGCUGCUGGGUUAACGUUUUUAGCAUUGGUCACUAGUUUCCUAUGCCAAUUCAGGUUCUUUGAUUCGAGCACUUUCUGGUUUGUUAUGAAUUUCUUGUUCUCCAUCUUGGCAUUUUUAUCGUCUGCUCUUAUCUGCAUCGUGGUGAUCCUUUUGUUUUAUCCUCACGUUACGUGGUACUCGUAUAUUUUAAUUGCUUCUGCUGUGUUGAAUUUGGUUUGCUUGCCGUUAUGUUUCUUUGCUCGUUCUCAAACGGCUUCUAAUAGUAAGAACGGACUUGUCGAUGAAGAAGAUGAAGAUCGUUCUUCAACGUCUAUCAGAGACAAAUUUUAUAAAGAAGAGUUUAAUCAAACAGAGGUGACUAAUUUAGAUGCUCCAUCCAUUCCGGAUUAUUAUAAAGGCUCGAAAAUCGUCACCAGCAACACUUUAAACUCUAAUACUAUCACUGACUCAGAUGUGCCCUCUUCAUAUAUGAACAACGGCAGUGUUGCUGCAACAACAGCAAACACUGCCGUAGUACCACCGCAAGGACUAGCAACCAUGGCAGCAGCAAAUAGUUAUCAAAGACACAGUAACAAUAACGAUGCCACUUUGCUUCAUAAUGCUGUUCCAAAGCAGCCGUACUCCGCUAUUAACCAAAGUGGUACCAAUUCAAGUAUGAAUUCCUCUUCUAGGGCUUUGUCUUCUGGUAGAAUUACGGCACCAAACAAUAAUUACAGCCAGCAGAAUUUCUCUCAGAUGGGAGAAAUUGGUUCGUUGGCUCCAUCAUCAGUUUAUGCUGAACACAUAGCCGGUGGUAGUAGUGGGGUAAUAGCAUCAGACCUUCAACAGGGCAACAAUAGAGGACAGUCACAAGAUGAACUCACACAACCUCCAAAGACUCAACAAGACGUAUUGCAGGAUAUUAUCAAUGGCGUCUUAUCCGAGGAUGAAGAAGAAUUCUUGAAACAAAAUACUGUUGAUCCUAGUGAAAGACCUGCAAUGGACACUUUUGAUGAUGAUGGAAUCAACGACGAUGACUCUCAGUUCACAUCGGUCUCUCAAAGAGGUAUCAAUCCAAAUUACUACCAGGGAAGAGGUGGUGUACAGUAUAUCCCUCCUACUCAUGGUCCACUACAGAACCAAUUACAAGGUCAAGUACAAAAUCCUGCUAUGGCUCAAGGAAUGGUUCCAAAUGGUAUGCAUCCUACGCAACCGCCAGUUGUCGGGGGACAGUAUUACCCUCCACUUCCUAACCAAGCAGGUCCGCAACAAGGAUACUACCACCCUCCGCCACUACCAGUACAGCAACAACAACCACAACAACCACAACCUCCGUAUUCGGCUGGUCCGUCUGCAUCAGAUUUCUUAUUACAAUCAAACCCUGAAUUCUCCAUCGGAACUGGUCCAGCAUCAUACGGAAAUAGCCAAAGGAGUGCAGGGCUAAACUCCGCACCAGCAUCUUCAAUGCACUAUAAACCUGCUUAUAGGAAAAGGCUCCCAAGAAAAAAUAACCUACCUCUGCAUCCAUGUCAAGAGACAGUCCCUAUGGAGCAUUUUAAGUUCUGA